CCCGCAGCGCGCACUCCUUUUCUCGGCGGAGGGAGCGGGGCCGGGGCGCGCCGUCCCACCAGACGCGCUGACGUCGCGCGGGGCCGGUAGUCGGCGUGGAGCGGCCGGCGCGCGCGCGUGCGUUGGGGCGCUCCCGAGAAGCGGGCAGGAGCCGCCACCGCGGCCGUGCGGCGGGUUCCAGGGCGGCGGCCGUCACCCAGCCGCGCCGCGGGGCGCACCGAGCCGAGGCAGCCGCACCUGCGGCCAUGGCGCGGCCCCGGCCUGGCACCGCCGCCGGGCGCGCGGGCAGCUCCGGCUACGCCCAGUGACGGCGGCGGUGCCCUCCGGUCGGGCAGCGCCCAGGCCGCUCGGCCAGAGCCCCGCGGCCGAAGGCGGCCCCGGGCCAUGAGGAGCGCCCGGGCCCGGGCCUCGCUGACCCCGGCUCCGCGCGGCGGCCUGUCCCGUUUCCGCUCCGGCCUCUCGGCAUGAGUGUCCGUCCGGGCCCGGGGCCGCGGCUGCCCCCGUCCCGCCGCCCGCGGGCGCGCUUGGGGCCCUCGGGCCCGCGGUGCUGAUCCCGGCUCUCCGCCGCGCCGCCCCCCACCCCGAGCGCUCUAUGUCCCCGGGGGCGCGGCCAUGGAGGUGGUGGGCGACUUCGAGUACAGCAAGCGGGACCUCGUGGGACACGGGGCCUUCGCCGUGGUCUUCCGGGGGCGGCACCGCCAGAAAACGGAUUGGGAAGUAGCUAUUAAAAGUAUUAAUAAAAAGAACUUGUCAAAAUCACAAAUUCUGCUUGGAAAGGAAAUAAAAAUCUUAAAGGAACUCCAGCAUGAAAACAUUGUGGCGCUCUAUGAUGUCCAGGAAUUACCCAACUCUGUCUUUCUGGUGAUGGAGUAUUGCAAUGGUGGCGACCUGGCAGAUUAUUUGCAAGCUAAAGGAACUCUCAGUGAAGAUACUAUCAGAGUGUUUCUUCAUCAGAUUGCAGCAGCCAUGCGAAUCCUGCACAGCAAAGGAAUAAUCCACAGGGAUCUCAAACCACAGAAUAUCUUGUUGUCUUACGCCAAUAGAAGGAAGUCAAAUGUCAGUGGUAUUCGUAUCAAAAUAGCUGAUUUUGGGUUUGCACGUUACCUACAUAGUAACACAAUGGCAGCGACACUGUGUGGAUCCCCAAUGUACAUGGCUCCUGAGGUUAUUAUGUCUCAACAUUAUGAUGCUAAGGCAGAUUUAUGGAGCAUAGGAACAGUGAUCUAUCAAUGCCUAGUUGGAAAACCACCUUUUCAGGCUAAUAGUCCUCAAGACCUAAGGAUGUUUUAUGAAAAAAACAGGAGCUUAAUGCCUAGUAUUCCCAGAGAAACAUCACCUUACUUGGCUAAUCUCCUUUUGGGUUUGCUUCAGAGAAAUCAAAAGGAUAGAAUGGACUUUGAAGCAUUUUUCAGCCAUCCUUUUCUUGAGCAAGUUCCAGUUAAAAAAUCUUGCCCAGUCCCAGUGCCUGUGUAUGCUGGCCCUGUCCCUGGAAGCUCCUGUAGCAGCUCACCAUCUUGUCGCUUUGCCUCUCCACCGUCCCUUCCAGAUAUGCAGCAUAUUCAGGAAGAAAACUUAUCCUCCCCACCAUUGGCUCCUCCUAACUAUCUACAGGUGUCCAAAGACUCUGCCAGUAAUAGUAGCAAGAACUCUUCUUGUGACACGGAUGACUUUGUUUUGGUUCCACACAACAUCUCGUCAGACCACUCAUAUGAUAUGCCGAUGGGGACUGCAGCCAAACGCGCUUCAAAUGAAUUCUUCAUGUGUGGAGGGCAGUGUCAAGCUACUGUGUCGCCUCACAGUGAAACAGCACCAAUUCCAGUUCCUACUCAAGUAAGGAAUUAUCAGCGCAUAGAGCAGAAUCUUAUAUCCACUGCUAGCUCUGGCACAAAUCCACAUGGUUCUCCAAGAUCUGCAGUGGUACGAAGGUCUAACACCAGCCCCAUGGGCUUCCUCCGUGUUGGGUCCUGUUCCCCUGCACCAGGAGACACAGUGCAGACAGGAGGGCGAAGACUCUCUAUAGGUUCCUCCAGGCCUUACUCACCAUCUCCUUUGGUUGGUACCAUUCCUGAGCAGUUUAGUCAGUGCUGCUGUGGGCAUCCUCAAGGCCAUGAAGCCAGGAGUAGACACUCUUCAGGUUCUCCAGUACCACAGACCCAGGCACCACAGUCACUCCUACUGGGUGCUAGACUGCAGAGUGCACCUACCCUCACCGAUAUCUAUCAGAACAAGCAGAAGCUCAGAAAGCAGCACUCUGACCCAGUGUGUCCAUCUCACACUGGGCCUGGGUACAGUUUCUCGCCUCAGCCUAGUCGGCCUGGCAGCCUUGGGACCUCUCCCACCAAGCACGUGGGGUCCUCUCCACGGAGUUCUGACUGGUUCUUUAAAACUCCUUUACCAACAAUCAUUGGCUCUCCUACCAAGACUACAGCUCCUUUCAAAAUCCCCAAAACACAAGCGUCUUCUAACCUGUUAGCCUUGGUUACUCGUCAUGGGCCUGCUGAAAGUCAGUCCAGAGAUGGAAAUGACCCUCGGGAAUGUUCCCAUUGCCUCUUAGUACAAGGAAGCGAGAGGCAUCGAUCUGAACAGCAGAGCAAGGCAGUGUUUGGCAGAUCUGUCAGUACUGGGAAGUUAUCAGACCAACAAGUAAAGACACCUUUAGGUGGAUACCAGGGCAGCACGGAUAGUUUAAAUACAGAACGACCAAUGGACAUAGCUCCUGCAGGAGCCUGUGGUGUUGUGCUGGCAUUGCCGGCAGGAGCAGCAGCAAGCGCCAGGGCUGUCCUCUUCACAGUGGGGUCUCCUCCACACAGUGCCACAGCCCCUACUUGUACACAUAUGGUCCUCCGAACAAGAACCACCUCAGUGGGGUCCAGCAGCUCAGGAGGCUCCUUGUGCUCUGCGAGUGGCCGAGUGUAUGUGGGCUCCCCACCUGGGCCAGGGUUGGGCUCCUCCCCACCAGGAGCAGAGGCAGCUCCCAGCCUAAGAUACGUGCCUUAUGGUGCUUCACCACCCAGCCUAGAGGGUCUCAUCACCUUUGAAGCUCCUGAACUACCAGAGGAGACACUGAUGGAGCAAGAACACACAGACACCUUACGCCAUCUGAACGUGAUGUUAAUGUUUACUGAGUGCGUGCUGGACCUGACAGCAGUGAGGGGUGGGAACCCUGAGCUGUGCACGUCUGCUGUGUCCUUGUACCAGAUUCAAGAGAGUGUAGUUGUGGACCAGAUCAGCCAGCUAAGCAAAGACUGGGGGCGGGUGGAGCAGCUGGUGUUGUACAUGAAGGCAGCACAGCUGCUGGCAGCUUCCCUGCAUCUCGCCAAGGCUCAGAUCAAGUCUGGGAAACUGAGCCCGUCCACGGCUGUGAAACAAGUGGUUAAAAAUCUGAAUGAACGAUAUAAAUUCUGCAUCACCAUGUGCAAGAAACUUACAGAAAAGCUGAAUCGCUUCUUCUCCGAUAAACAGAGAUUUAUUGACGAAAUCAACAGUGUGACUGCAGAGAAACUCAUCUAUAAUUGUGCUGUGGAAAUGGUUCAAUCUGCAGCCCUGGAUGAGAUGUUUCAACAGACUGAAGACAUUGUUUAUCGCUACCACAAGGCAGCCCUUCUUUUGGAAGGCCUAAGUAAGAUCCUGCAGGACCCCACAGAUGUUGAAAAUGUGCAUAAAUAUAAGUGUAGCAUUGAGAGAAGACUGUCGGCACUCUGCUGCAGCACUGCAGCUGUGUGAGCAGCAGGCACGUCUGUGAUCAGCAUGGGAGCGUGAGGUGAUCCUUGUGGGAUUACAGCUUGGUUCUGUCACCCAUCCCAGGAAACUGCGGUGACUGCCAAAGAACAAGCAGCAACUUAAGAAGGAAAAACAAUACAAAACUACUACAUGUUUGUAGAAAACCUGCCUUAUUGGAGAAGUCACUCCCCCCUUCCUUUUUCUUUAUAGAAACAGAAGCAAAAGAGUAUUGCACAUGGCUCGAGUUUGAACCUGGCAAAUAAAUGUACCUUAGAACUAGCAUCAUAAGUACAGUUAUUCUUGUGGAUAAGUAAACAAGAAACAAAGCGAGUGGCUUCACUCAGCUCUCUGAGCAAUAUGUGAAAUUCCAUGUUUUGCUAAGGCAUAUGCAAGCAAGAGAGCAUACAGCUCAUCCAGACAGUUUGAGGCUUGGGGUAAGGUUGUCUGAAUCUGAGCAUGCUUUUAAACAGCUCAGGAGGAAGAGUCUUAAGAAGAAGCAAAAGGUGAUUCUUGGAUGAAUUGUGAAACCUUCAACUUGAUCUAAUGUGGACAUACAUUAAUCUUCCAAAAUCUUUCAUAUUGCACUAAUUUAUUAAAAUAAUGUGUAUUGGAUUUUGCAGUUUAAAACUAACUGAGGCACAAUGGACUUGUUUAAACUAUUUUACUUGAUUAUAUACAUAUGCCCUUUUCAGAAUUCAUGUGUAAUCUCCAUUUAACUUUUAAAUGGUCGGAACUUGCAUUCAUGUGAACCUUUGCAUUUUUCUUACCUGUUAUCUUCACCAACAGAUCUUCUCAGUGGUAUUUUGAGUUGCUGGUUGUUUGCAUUUUUUUUUGUUGUUGUUGUGCAUGCAGAAUGUGCAUCGAUACCUGUGACCUAGGUUUAUUAAAGGCUAAGUUUAUUUGGGCAGUAUUAGAAAGCUAUCAUGAAUCAAGAGGUACUCUUGAUAAUUUCAAUAGGGCCAAAUCAAAGUGAUGAAUAAAGGCUUGUUAGUGAUGUGGAAUUUCUACAUGAAAUUAGUAAGAAAUGAGGUUGUUUUCCCUUAGAAAAAUGGGCAGCUCUCUGCAGACUAAUGUACUUCUCAGUGUUAAUCCUGACAGUUCACCAUCAACAUCUCUCCGAGAACGGUUCCUAUGUUGUAUAUUAUUUGAUUUCUUUUACUUACCUGCUUGAAUACUUGAAUAAACCAUUUACUGGUUUUAAUCCUUUUUUUUUCCAGUCCUUUCACAUAAUAACCUGCACUCUGAUAGCUGCGCAGAAGCUCUUUGGCAUCACACCUAAUUCAGUGUGCUGAUUAAAGUUAACAGAGAAAACAUGGUUCUCAUUUACUUGGUGGACAAAGUAAUGUAACUUUUACAUUAUUUAUCUGUAUGAAAUUCCAGUAGUUAAUUUGAACAUUUAUUUAUAAGAUGUUUGUAGUUUUAGGUCUUUAUUACAGUGUUUCUACCUCUCAUUUGUAACUGCAUGCAUUAUUCUUCAAACUAGCUAAAACUCACUGAAUCAUUGUGUAAUAGCCUUUUUUAAAUUGCUUGUACAAAUGUAUAUUAAGGUUAAAUAAAACUGACAGUGUUUUUAGGUUAUAGUUGGGUUAGUAUUAAGUGGCUUGUCAAGCCGGAUGCUUCCUUAGAGAAUGGGUUGGAAACUUGGUCAUCAGUAUCCUUUGUCCUGCUCCAGCAUUCAAGACUCGUGGUGGCUGUCAUGCAGGCUCCUGCAGACGCACUAUACUCCCUCCUUAUAUUAGUGAUUAAAUGUCCUAUGUAAUUUUUUACACUGAAUUCUUUCAUGUUCUCUUAAUUAGCCUGUUUAAUCUCAGUUCAUUUUCUAAGUAGGUAGAUUUAGCCUCCUCUUCUACCACUUUUUAAAAAUACUGUAUGAACAGGUUCGGAGAAGAUAAGGGUGUGCAGGAGGAACUAGCCACGUUUUGAGACUGUACUGUAACGCUCAAGCUCUUCUUGUAUGACAAAUGUCUUGUAGGUGGUGUGCAGUGACAGCUCAGCAGCAGAGAACUCUGUAAACUCGUGUGUAAUGGUUCUGGUUAGACUACCAUUUUCAAGGCUAAUUGUUUAAAGAGAUUUUUGCCUUGAUUAUAGCAAUAAUAAAUAAACGCUUUAUGUUUCUGUA